GACAUUGAUCGUGCGACACCUGGUGGUGAGCCGGCAAAUUGCUCCAUACCUUCAUAUUUAUUUAUCAUUGCUCAAAUUACUUUUAGUGUACUCGCCUAUAUAGGCGGACAGUCGCGAGUAGAUUUCAGUGAUUUUUAAUUAUGGAGGUCGCACGAUUCGCACCGCGUCCGAUAUCAACGAAAUACCUAUCUUGUGCAGUGAGAGGCUGCGGCAGUAAAUCACACAAGGAUGCUACCAUUUGCUUUCACAAGUUCCCGAGACCGGGGCAAUGUUUCGUCAAGGUAGAUGACCAGAAGAUAGAUAGAUUUCUGGUGUGGAAAAAUUUAUUGGAAGUCGAUCACGUCACUCCAAAAACGAAAGUUUGCUCGCUGCACUUUUUAAAGAGCGACUACUUCUUCCCGGACAUCCAAGCGCAAAAGAGGAUAUUGAAGAAGAUCGCAGUGCCUUCGUGCAAUUUACCCGGGGUCGAUGUAAAGAGAGGUAACAAUGAAAGUCCAGGAGUCAGUAAGAAGCCCAACGAAGAAAUCCUUUUCGUGAAUGUCAAAGUGGAAAAUGUGGAUUUCGAAAGCACUCCGGAGUUUGCUAAUUUUCAAUCGACUGACAUCAAGCAAGAAAUACUCGAGGAGCCUUUUUUCAAAGACGCAGAAGUGCAAGCGAACGAAAGCCCGAAACCUUCGGUCAAAGAUGUCGAAAUGCAAGCGAAGCUCGUCAGCUCGCAAUUUCCUUACGAAGAGUUUAUCCGGAAAACCAAGAAUUCCGGGCCUGAGCCUCCGGUCAAAGACGCGGAAGUGCAAGUGAAGACCGACUGUAUCUUAUUCAACGUGAUACACUGUAUAAAGAGCGACCAAGAGCUACACAUCUCAACCGGCAUCGAGUCGUUCGACGCUUUGAGCGCCAUCGUGCAACGAAUAAAGGAAAUCUGCGGCGAAAAAUUCGAGCAUCCCAACAUGAGAUUGAACACGAGAGAACGAGUGAUCAUGACAUUUAUGAAAUUGAAGCACAACUUGUCCUACAGUUUCUUGGCGAUUCUCUUCAAGCAUUACACGCCAACGCACUGCAAGCGAGUCAUCACCGAAACCAUAGAUAUAUUGAGCCAGUGUUCGAAGGAUGGAAUUUCCUGGCCAUUGAUCAAAGAUAUUAAAAAAACAUUGCUAAAACAUUCGUAGUAUAGUUGUCGACCUAAAAACGGAGCAGCAGACGUAAUCGCCGUGGUCGUCGAGAGAAAAGAAGCCGGAAUACCUAUACGAAAAAGGGGAGAAGAGGAGCUCACGAGGGGAGCACAUAACGAGUGUAUACUCGCGGAGACAAACGCGAGUAACGAGCCGGAUUGAUUGAGAGAUAAUAGCGCUUCUCUCUCUGUCUCGAUGCUUUGGGACAAACUUUUUUAUACGUAACGGAUUGUCAGAGUCGUAUAUUGUUUACGGCUCGGGAGAGGAAGGGAAAAUCGGGAGCGACCUCCGACGAAAGCGAAAACACAUGCGGAAAUCGAACGAUUAGCCGCGAUGUGUCUACAUAUAUACCCAUUAAGGGUGCGACCAAAUUAGGUCGGCUGGAUUUCAGGGCUGUCCUACUUUUCGUACAUGUGUGUUGUAGACUUUCAUUGUUGCUUGAAAAAUGAUGCUAUAUAUCGAAAGUUGGAGCGCUUAGUAGUCUGCGUUCGAGUUAAUAAUUUAAUACAUAUUUCUUUGUUUACUUCGCGUUCUUAUCGUUUGUAUUAAAAAGUAUUCCACGAUCCUUUAAUUAAAAGGCAAAAAAGAUGAGGUUUAAAAAGCUUAUAGACUGUGUAGUGUGUAAUCGCUAUUACUCGCGAGUUUAUUAGAUUUUACCACGAAAAUGUAAUGAGUUCUCCCUUACAAACGUUGUAUUAAUAAAAAAAUUAAUUUAUAUACACCAUCGUAAUGUUUCUGGUCGAAUCGAGGCCUAAUACAUAAAACAAAGAACCUGUCGACGAUUACAUUACGGUACUUAAGCAGCUCGGUAUAUAUACAAUGCGUGUAAUUUUCUUGCUGAUAAUGAGAAUAGACGACUGUACGCACUGGUACCGUAUGAAUUUACUUCAAACGAGCUCGUGCCUAAAUGAGCACCUACUCCGCUUUAUAUAUCGAUCCAAGCGGUGAUUUUCCUCGUGACGUUUUCUCGUUAAUAGUCGGCUUAGACGAGGACUACACCGUUGUGGGGUGGACAGGCUUCGAUUUACGAAUAAGUUCAAGGUGAGCGUUGGGGUUUCUACAGAGAUAGUAUCUGUGAAAAGACCGCGAUUCGUUUUGCGGAGCUGUUAAAUUUUUCGAAACAAUAACUUUGUCGUUAUUAAUGGAAUAAAUAAUGAAAGUUUGUUUUUGCAAAA